AUGCGCGCCCGUUCGCACUCUCCUAGGAAACCCAAGCCCAACUCCGUUAUGGGUUCACCGAAAAUGAAAAGGUUCGAAACAACCAUAAAGGAUGAAUCUCACCUGUUUGAAGCAAGUCGAAAUCGCCGCAGAAGAAGCAUCGAGCCGUGAUAAACCAGCUGGACUACCUCAACUCACAAUGUCACAUGGAAGGCUGCUCGGUUUCUAUCGUCGUGCACGUGAGUUCAGAAUCGAAGGUUCUACUAAUCGACUUCUGCAGUCCACGCGCUUCUUGAUCUGUCGACAUCAGUUGUGUCACGCCUCAGACUAUUUCAAGGAUUUGUUGCAGAGUAAAUAUGGAAGUGAAGACUUUUACGUGAGUUGAUCCCGUUGUCUAUUUGAACAUGGUUUAAAAAAAAACAGAGCAUUUCAAAAACUGCAAAGCGAUACCAAAAUUGAAUUUCUUUUUUUUCUGAUUUUACUACGGCCAUGAAACCGAUCAGGUGACAGUGUCGAGCAUGUCGGAACCGACGCCGUCGACGCAGUUCCGCUGGUUCGUAGAGUCGUCGAUCCCCUGUCCUGCUCUCAAGGACAUUUCCGGUUAGUUUUCCAAGACCGGAAAACUUCCAAUUUCUCGCAUGUACAAAGAAAUCUAUCAGAGAAACUAAUUCAUUAUCAAUUUGUAAUGUUGGUCAUGAAGAUCGAGUGCUUUCUUCUUCCGCAUAGCCAUGUGUAUUUUUUUCUCCUUGGUUUUCCAAUGUUUCAUCAGCACCAACAGCUGCGUUUUACGCUGCCUCUUUUUUUCUUAAUUAUCGCACUCUGUUGGAGGAAAUUCUGCUUUGUUGGGAUGAUAAGUGUUCUUUCGUUUCGGGGGAAAAGCGGCUUGUGAAGGAUUAUUGACUCAUUGGUUCAGAUGAGACGCUGGAGACGUGCAUGCGGCUUUCCAGACGAUUCGAUGCCAAAGGACUCGAAAUGCGCUGCACAAAAUUCAUCGUAGAAAAUGUUGGUGAAAACUCAGUCAGCUUUCUUUAUCAGCAAAAUGUGAUUUUCGUAACUGAACUCAAAUAGAGCCUCACGUUACAAAAAUUAUUUUACAGUUUUUUUUCUGGCUUGAGUUUUUCUUUUACCUUUUUUUGGUUUUUUUUUAUCGAUUUCACUUUUUAAUAAAAAAAAAAACUUUUUUUUCUCAAUAAGAAAUAUUUCGACAAUGUAAUGAAUCUGCGGUCGAUAAUAUCCAUUUGCUGAAAAAAAAAUUAUUUUAGGCUUGUUCUCGACAGCCGAUCGUCGCACUCUGUUGGCUGAAUUGGGCGCUAAAACACAAGUUCGAUGCCCAGGUAUUCCUCUAGAACGAAUAAAGUUUUCGACUACCAGAGAUGAACAGUGAACGCAAGAAAAUCAGAAAUUUUUAAAAUCCUCGCGAGUAAGGUAUAACACAUGUUAGAAAACUGGUUUUUGUUUCAAUACACUAACCCAUAAAAUCCCAACUCUUGAAAAAAGAAGACGUUCAUUCAAUAGAUUACUAUGAGAACUGUCUAGACUCAAGCUUCUUGUUUGCCUUCCGUGGCUCGGCUGUCGCUGACCGCCUUGGAGCAACACCGACACAUGUUGACGGAGAAGAUCUUUUCCGAUCUCCUGGCCGCUAAACUUCGCGGCACCUACGACAAGGUAUUCGCAGAUCACUGUGCUCGACCAGAAUGAUUAGGCCGUGCAAGUCUUCCGCGCAAUCCAUCGAAUGGACCACUUCUCGGUCGAAGUCGACCGGUGUCCGCGGUGCGGCAGGACCCGCGACGGUAUGCGAGUCAAGGUCAACGCCGAUCCCUGCAGGUCUCCUUCAAAUUCCACGACGUACAAUCAAAAAGCUUAUUCGAAAGUCAAAAAGUUACUUCACAAUGAAAUGAAAAUUUAGGAAAAAGUUCAAAGUAGAAGCGUUUCAAUGUAAAUAGGCAACUGAAGAAAGGAAAUAAUACUGCAUCUUAGUAUUUGUCUUAUCCAUAAUGCAUAAAUGUAGUUCUGCAAAAACUUUCUCGAGAAAAUCCAAUAUCCGAAUAGACGCAGAAAGCUUAGAUGAAAAAUCAAAACCUUGAAAUUACACAGGAAGCAAAUCGGAUGCGACCGAUGUCACCGCGAAAGCUGCGAGAUCGAAAACAAGGCCGGGGAUGACCUGCAGGUCCGUUUUCCAAGCUUUUUCUGUCUUAGAGACGACUCUAGGCCUUCUACCAAUGUCCGCACGGCCUUGUUCCUCUCAACUCUACCACCGACGAGUGUCAUUGCCAGAUUCCCAACCUCGCUCAUCACUUAGGUUUUUAUCCCUUCUAAUGCAUGUCGUUUUUAUUUUCUUUGCAUUCAGGAUCUCGAUAUUACUUCCGUUCUGAAAAUGGCACCAUUUUGAACCCUCCGCCUCUUUCGCCGCACACAAGCCGCACGUUAGAGCGGCGAUCUCGGGUCAAAAACGAACGAUUGAACUCGUUUUCUUUGUUUUUACGAAAAAAAAAAUUGCAAUGAUAAAUAUUUACAAUGACAUUUUUUCUAGUUCUUACAGAAUCCCGCUGGCUCCGGUCGACAAAAAGAAAAAGACUUACAAUAUAUAUAUCAAGAAAAAACUUCACAAUUUGAAAAAAACUCAGAAAUCACAGUUUCAAAUGGUUUUUGUAGGUUUAUAGGUUUUUGGACGAAAUUCAAUCGAAAAAAUUUUCGAUCUGGGGCAAAAUUGAAAAGAAUAUUACUGUAGGAAAUCGUUUUUUAUUGGUCCAAAAAAAAGCUCCGCAAAGCUUUGACCCUGCGGAGGACACCUCAGAACGACCCGGAACAAGUUAUAAGCGGCAAACAAGCCGAGAUAUGGAUCGACGGGAGCAGCGGCAGUCGGCCGUCGUCGUCCGCCUCGAGAUGUUGGUCGUUUCUCUGCAGCCUGAAGAAUCCGUCCGCAGGGCCGAGAUAGUUUCCUUUGGUUCUUCGGUCAUCCUGUCCAUCGCCUUUUUCUACAUCUUCACCAUGCUCAACGCCUUUACCACGGUGAGCAACUGCGGUUGAAAUAACCUUGAGAUGAAAAAUACGAAAUCUUGAUACUCCACAGACAAACAUCGCGCUGCUGGACAAAUCAUCGGGGUGCUUCGAGAAGAAAAUCAGUAAAUACUACGGUCAACCAAAAAAGGUUAUUUCCUUAUGAGUUAUUUUUGAAUGUGUUCACUAGCUGUGGGAACGUUUCUCUCGGGCAGUAAGUCUCUGCUCGCCACGGCUGCACUCCGUCGAGCUCGGCGCGUUCGCCAACACCGACGAGUUCAAAGUACCAUUACUUGCCCCAUGUAAGGCAUGUUUCCUAUUCGACCUCUACGUUUUGAUCAGGACACAGCAGAGGACUGCGUCGUGCUGUCGCUGGGAAUCGGAAAAGACGUGAAGGCAGAGCGGAGAAUGCGCGAUCGGAUGUCUCAGUGCGUCUUCAUUGGAGCUGACCCUGUCAACGAGUCUAACGCCGACCUCUUCUCACAGGUAAUUUUUAUUUUAUGGAAAAAAGUGUAAAAAGGAAAAAAAUUCCGAAAAUCAAAAAUCCGUAAAAAGAAAAAGUUCAGAAGAAAGAAAAAAACACUGAGAGAAAUGACAAUACAAUAUGUUCAUUCCGAAAUAUUUUUAAUUUUUCAGAACCACAAAAAGAAAAUUUCAACCUAAAGCCAAACUAAUUUGCUGCUUCUGAUAUCUUAAAAGGGACAAAAUUGUAGGUUGGAAAGUUUUACAACGUCGCAGUCGGACAUAAAAACGGUAGUUUUCGAUCAUAUGUCCUAGAAGGUGAAUAUAAAAGGCACAAGUUAUGAAGUCUUCAAGAUUCAGAUGUUUAUCGCUACCAAGAAGUCGCGUACAUGGACCUAGCCACUUUCAUCAAACUCAACGUGAGAUCUUUCAAGUUAACGUUUCUUGCUGCGACCUCGUCAAAGUCUCGCUGCCAUAUCGCUCGUUCUCAUAAAUUUGAGAUUUAAGAAACCGUUCUUCUGCUUCACUUUUGACUUUUAUGAUGAAAUGAAUCAAAUUAAAGCAGAAUUUCUCAGAGAGUGAUAUAGCGCAAUACGUUUGCUAGAUCUCAGCGAGGCGAGAGAUAUAGCUCGCGGCUCCCCGCGGUAUAACGCUACUCUAGCUGCAAUGUAGUUCAUAAGAUUGAGUGCGAAAAGAUAAUAAAACUAUUGAAAAAAGGAGAAAAUUCCAUAUUGGUUUCAAGUUGCGCGCUUUUAUAUCACUUCCUCCAAAAAUAUUUUCAUUAUGAACCUAAAUUUUUUUGUUUUCUAUUUCCAAAACACGACAUGAAGCAUAUUUUUUUAAAGGUGAAUCGAAAAAUUGUCGAUCAAAUGAUGAUGGAUGUGGAGCAUGCCGAAUACCCAGUGCUACCAUUUUUGGAGAAAGGCGGAGAACUCAGUCAGCGCGACAUUGCUGUUUGCCAAGUCCAUCUUCUUCGCUAACUUUUAUAACUCAUGAUAUUCAGAUAAACAUUGAAAUUCAUCGGCCUACUUCCGAAGACCUUCAAGCUUUCGUCGGUUUUCUUCGACGUAACUCCUUAUCACAGCAAUGGAUUUUCAUCAAUUCGGAAAUUCAUCCCUUUUUCAAGCACAUCAGGUUGAGGGCAUUUCCGGACUUCUGACUUUUUUCCGGUAUUCAGGCUUUUCAUGAUCAAUGGACAGAACAAGGAGUGUAGGCGACGAUUCUGGGAAAAUUGA